ACUCGGCCGCCCUCCACCAUGGCCGCGCCCAAGACCAUCACCGAGCUCUCCCAGCUGCAGAACCUCGUCAAGAGAGACCCCGAAAGCUACCGCGAAGAGUUCGACCAGCAGUACCGGCACUUCCACUCGCUGUAUGCGAUUGUGGUGCUGGCACCGUCCAAGGAUACCCGGCACUUUGAAGACCUGGCUACCUUUGUGGCCCAUGUCGUCCAUGUCUACCCGGACAAGGCUGCCGAGUUUCCGGCGCUGGUCGUCGAGCUGCUGGAGGAUCAUGCGGCGGCACUCUCGCCGCGGCUGCGCAAGACGCUGGUCCGAUGCCUGGUACUGUGCCGGAACAAGGGCCUUGUCGAUCCGCUCGUCUCGCUCUCGCUCGCUUUCAAGCUCUUUCGCGUCAACGACAAGGUCCUCCGCGAGACGCUCUUCAACCACAUUGUGAGCGACAUCCGCAACAUGAACAAGAAGCGGAUCAACAACAAGGUCAACUCGGCGCUGCAGUCGAUGCUCUUUGGCUUUUUGCAGGACGCGUCCAAGACGGCUGCCAAGUGCGCGCUCGACGUCAUCAUCGCCCUCUACCGCAAGCGGGUGUGGAUCGACGCCAAGACCGUCAACGUCAUCGCCUCGGGCUGCUUUGCCAAGGACAACACCAAGAUGCUCGUGGCCGCCCUCAAGUUCUUUGUCUCUGACCACGAUCUCGACCUUGGCGCCGCCGGCGACGACGACGACGACUCGCACAUCAAGAAGGAGGAGUUUACCAACGUUACCGCCGUCAAGGCUCACUUUCAGCACUCGUCCAAGACUCGCUCGCGCCAGCGCAAGCUUGAGCGGGCCCUCCGCCGCGUGAACAAGACAAACUCGGGCGAGACGGUGGUGAAGAAGAAGAAGAAGCCUGAGCCGCAGUUUACUGCCAUCGAGCUCCUCUACGACGGCCAGUCGUUCGCCGAGCGGCUCUUUGGCCUCCUCCGCAAGUCCAAGGAGCGCUUCGAGGUCCGCCUGCUCAUGAUGGACAUGAUUGCGAGGACCAUUGCCGCUCACGAGCUGGUGGUGCUCAACUUUUACCCGUUCAUGCAGCGGUACAUGCAGCCGCACCAGCAGCACGCUAUCCUCAUCCUCUCCAUCGUUGCCCAGGCCGUCCACCCUCUCGUCCCGGACGACGUCAUCCUGCCGGUUCUUCAGACACUGCUCUUCCACUUUGUCACCGACCGCUCCUCGGCCGAUGUCAUCACCGUCGGCCUCAACACCGCCCGCGAGAUCUGCCGUCGCCACCCGGACGCCAUCACUGAGGACCUCCUCGCCGACCUUGUCAUGUACAAGUCGUCCAAGUUUAAGGGCGUCGCCAUGGCCGCCCGAUCGCUCCUCCAGCUCUACCGCAACGUGCGGCCCGAGAUGCUCCACCGCCGGCUGCGCGGCAAGGAGGCUUCCAUGGCCAUCACCGAGCGCAAGCGCAAGGCUCUGGAGGACGCCAACGCCAUCUCCAAUGACGACGACGAUGAUGGUGGAGACGACGAGGCUGGCUCGGGCCGCCGCGUCCGCUUUGAGGGCGUCUCUGACGACGACGGUGGCGAUGACGACGGCGAGUGGGUCGACCUCGACGACGCCGACGACGACCCGGCGGCCAGCCUCGCCGCGCCGGCCGAGCGCCUCGACCGCGGCAACAUCGAUCGCUUCCGCCGCCGCAAGAAGAUGACCGCCAAGGAGCGUCUCGAGUGGGUCCGCGCCGGCCGCCCCGAGGCCCGCCACGAGCACUUCCGCGACACCAAGAUCGAGAAGAACCAGUCCAAGACCAACAUGGAGAAGAAGUCGACAAAGAACUACCUCAUGCUGCAGCGGUCGGCCAAGGUCCGCUUCAAGUCGCGCGAGUCGCUCACCGAGCGCAACGACCGCCAGCGCAAGCAUCGCCGCUCGCUCAAGCGCCGCCGCAAGAAGUAGACUCGGCUCCCGCUUCCGCCCGCCACGCCUCGUAGUCGUGGACGUGAAAGUAGCCGCCGUUGGCCAGCCCGUGCACCUCGGCAAACGCCGCCCGCGCCGCGCCGCCGGCCUCGCUCUCGUCGAUGAGGAACCGAAAGACGUCGCGGAUGUCGUCUGGCGCCCGCUGGCCAUCCGGGUUCAAAUCCGUCGCCACCGAGCCCGGCGACAGCGCCACCACCCGAGUCGCUGUCUCUGGGCCGAGCUCCGCUGCCGCCACCGCCGACAGCCCGUUGAGCGCGUACUUUGAGGCGCAGUACGGGCCGAGCUGCGGAAUGCCCAUCACCCCCGCCGCCGAAGACAUGUUGA